AUGGAACGUAAACUCUACUUCGGGACUACACAACAAUUGUAAAAUAAGCAAUACUAAUAUCCAACUAAUUUUAUACGGACAAGCAGGUACAAUAUGAUAACCUUCCUACCAUAUUCCUUAGCAUUGCAAUUCUAAAGGAUGGCAAACAUCUAUUUUCUUAUUAUUGCUAUCUUGUCUUUUUUUAAAUCCAUUUCCCCAUUUAGCCCUAUAAAUUCUAUUGCACCUUUGCUCUUUGUGGUGUCCUUGUCCAUGUUAAGAGAUGGAUAUGAAGAUUAUCAAAAACAUCUUAGUGACAAUGAAUUGAAUUCAUCUCCCACUACCAUUUGGACUAGUGGGGGUUUUGUGAAGAAAACAUGGAAAGAUGUACUCAUGGGAGAUAUAAUAAAAAUUGAUGAAUUGGAAAUAAUCUCUGCUGACAUAGUGGUGUUAUAAACCUCUUAAGACGGGAUCUGUUUUAUCGAAACCUCCUCUUUGGAUGGGGAGAAGAAUUUGAAACCGAAACAAGCAGUCAAAGAGACCUAAACUAUGGAAUGCAGAGAAGGAGUUAUUGAAUGUAUAAAUCCGAAUGCUUUGCUUUACAAUUUCGAUGGAACACUCUUUUUGGAGAGCAAGAAAAUUCAAUUAACACAUAAGAACUUUUUAUUGAGAGGAUCAAAAUUGAAAAAUGUUAAAUGGGCCAUAGGAGUUGUGGUUUAUACUGGAAUAGACACAAAAGUAAUGAGGAAUUCCGAGAAGCAGAAAAACAAAAUGAGCAACAUAGACAGAUUGAUUAAUGUCAGAAUUAUUUAUAUCUUGAUUAUGCAGACAUUUUCUUGCCUAAUUUUAGCAAUUAUCUAUGGAAUUAAUUGCGACAUUCAUAACAUAAAUUUUGAUUACUUUAAUGAUGAUAUCUAUGAUCCAGACAUCCCUAAUUGUGCUUUGGCUUCAUUGAUGACCUUUGCAGCCUAUUUCCUACUUUUAAACACUCUUAUACCAAUAAGUCUAAUAGUAUCUUUGGAAUUUGUAAAAGUAGGUUAGGGAAUAUUUAUGUAAAAGGAUAGGGAAAUGUACACUGCUGAAAAUGAUAAGUAUGUCAAAGUGUUUAGUACGACUAUUAACGAGGAAUUGGGGUAGGUUCAAUAUGUAUUUUCAGAUAAAACAGGUACUUUAACUUGUAACAAAAUGGAAUUCAAAUUAUCUGUCUGUGGAAAUGAAACUUAUGGAGAUGUAUCCAUGUUUGAUAAGCAUGAAAUGAGCACUUUUGUAGGUAAUUAGAUCAUAAGAAGACAGAGCACUUUGCAUUCUAGAAGAUCCACAGUUGUUAAUGAAAAAGCUGGCAUUGAAUAUACAUUCUCUGGUGCAGUCAUUUAAUCGAUCAUUACUGAAACUGAUCCUAUGAAGAAUCCUAAUAUAGGUCUUAAUGUGGAUACCUAUUUGAUCAGAAAUCAAGGAGAUUUAGUCAAGGAAAACCUUAUGUUGCUAGCCACUUGUCAUGAGUGUGUUCUUGAAUUUUAAGAUGAUGGCACAUUUAAUUAUCAAGGACCAUCUCCAGAUGAAAUAGCAUUAGUGGAUGCUGCUAGAAGGUUAAACAUAGUCUAUAGAGGGAUUACAAUGGGUAUGAUGGAAGUAGAUGUGCUUGGGGUUAAGGAAAAGGUUGAACUUCUGUUUUCCUUUGAAUUUAAUAGUGAUAGAAAGAGAAUGUCUGUAAUCAUUAAGCACAAGGGUGUGAUUAAACUAUAUACUAAAGGCGCUGAUGCAAUUAUCAAAUAAAGAUUGGGUCCGAAUCAACCAUUUCUAGCUGGGAUUGAUAAAAAAUUGGAUAUGUUCUCAAGGAAGGGAUUGAGAACUCUAUGCUUAGCUAUGAGAGUUCUUGAUGAGAAAUAAUUCAAUGAAUUUUCAUAAGCUAUGAAUGAUACUCUCGGUGGGAAUGACGCUGAAAAAUAGUAAACUGAAUUAAUUAAUAAAAUUGAACAGAAUCUUACACUCAUUGGAGCUACGGCUGUUGAGGAUAAAUUAUAAGACGAUGUUCCAGAAACAUUAGCAGAUUUUCUUAAAGCAAAUAUUAAUGUGUGGAUGUUGACUGGAGAUAAGUUGGAAACAGCUGAAAAUAUUGGCAGAUCCUGUAAUUUGCUAUAAGAGUAAAUGGAUGUUUUCUUUUUAACUCCUGGUUGUGAUAUCCUAUAAAUAUUUAAUAGAAUCGCAGAUCAUGUUAUAUAGAAACCUACUACUAAAAGAGCUAUGAUUAUAGAAGGUAUUGUAUUGGCUGUUCUGAGUGAAAAUGAAAAUCUAACUAAAUAUUUAGUUUUGUUAGCUCCUCAUCUUCAUACAGUUAUUUGUUGUAGGGUAACUCCAAAACAAAAAGCAGAUAUGGUUAGAUUAGUUAAGAAUGAAUUAGGAAAGAUUACUCUGGCAGUUGGAGAUGGUGCUAAUGAUGUUAAUAUGAUUUAGGAGGCACAUAUUGGUAUUGGGAUUUAUGGUCAAGAAGGUAUGAGAGCUGUUUAAGCUAGUAAUUAUGCUAUUGGUGAAUUUAAAUGUCUUUGGAAAUUAGUGUUAUUUCAUGGAAGAUAGAACUACAUUCGUAUUUCUGAAAUGAUUUUAUACUUCUUUUACAAAAAUAUCAUAUUCACUGUCCCUCAAUUCUAUUUUGCCUUCUUUUGUGGAUUAACUGGAACCAGUGUGUUUGAUGAAUUCUUUGUCUCAUUUUACAACACAGUGUUUACAUUCCUACCUGUGGUCAUAAGAGCCAUUUUUGAUGAAGAUGUUUUCUAUACACAAUAAAGAAAGGAAACAUUAUUAGGCAGCAAAAGAAUUACAUAAGGAGUAGAGGAGAAUGACAUACUCAAAUAAAGUUAUCCAUUGCUUUAUUACAUUGGACAAAAAAACACUAUAUUUACAAACGAAAAAUUUUUUAAAUGGUUUUCAAUUGGAAUUUUCUAAGGAUUGGCAUGCUUCUUUUCGUUUUACCUAGAAUUAAAUGAUACUACUUUCAUUAAACAAUCUGGAUAUAACAAUGAUUUAUGGUUCUUUAGUAUGUCAAUGUCUACUGCCAUCAUGAUACUAGUCACAUUAAAACUAGCUUUGAAUACUCAAUUUUGGACAAUCAUAACAUGGAUUGCCUAUUUAGGAACCAGUCUAGGUACUUACUUUGCUUAUAUGUGGAUAUCCAACAUUAUACCUUCAGCUGCCAUCUUUGGAACUACUUAGAUGCUAUUUUCAAGCUAUGCGUUUUAUCUUAGUCUGGCAUUAUCUGUAUUAUCAAUGUUUAUUCUUGAUUUAUUGAUGUUCACUAUCAAGACAUCAAAGGACACUUUACUUAACUAUAUGAAAAGAUAAGCUAGAUAAAAUUAACAAUUAGAUAUCGCUAAAAUAUCCAAGUUAGAGAAAAAACUAUAAGAACAAAUUUCAGAAAUGGAAAUGCCUGGAUUUGAAUUGUUUCAAAAAAGAAGUUUGGUUGAUUCUAGUUUCUCAUUAAGUGAUAAUACUUCAAAAGAUGGAGAUAGAAAGGAUAAUUAAUGA